AUGGCCGCAGAUGAACCACGACGCUCAGGCCGAGCGACAAAAGGCCAACAUACCAAAAAUCAAGAUCUCCCUGAAAUGGCGCCCACGAAACGCAAGGGGAAGUCACAGGGGAAAUCCCAGAAACAAACAUCAAAUGAGCCCGGUCCUGCCGCCAACGGAGAGGAGGAUGAGAUAAUCCGCUGCAUCUGCGGCGAAUAUGAAGAGGAAGAAGACGUGGAACGAGAUAUGAUAUGCUGUGACAAAUGUUCAGCAUGGCAACACAACGAUUGCAUGGGACUCACCUUUCCCAAGGGACAAGAGCCAGCAGAGUAUUUCUGCGAACAAUGCAAGCCGGAAAGUCAUACGGUACUUUUGGAGAAGAUGGCCCGCGGCGAGAAACCAUGGGAGGAGGUUGCGAAGCUAAGAGCUCUAGUUGCGGAGGAGAAAAAGGCGCGAAAGAAGAAGGGUGGCAAACGAGGAAGGGAAUCAGAAGUUUGUGAGGACGCUGCGAAGAGUGCCUCCGCAACCCCAGCCAAAGAGACUCCUGUUCCUGCUCCCCCCGACAGUAAUCAGGCUAGCCCUCCAGCUCUCCCGCCUCCCCCGCCUCCUAGCCAAGGCCCUCCCAGCGCCCAAAAACGCAAGUUUGAUGAACAGGAAAUUAGCCAACGUGAUCCGGGACCGAAACAGAAACUUCAGCGAUUGUCCACGGGUGGCCCAAUCGCGGCGUCCGAGGAGAGCUCCCCGACUGUGCAUCGGAAAUCUAGCGCAUCUAGUGCACAUUUUGCUCAGGAACAGAAAGUUGGAGGGUCACCCGCUGAGGGGGUGGGAAGCCCGUCAGAGCUUCAGAGCGUACCCAGAAGGAAUGUGGCAAAUGCCCUAGUCAAACUCUUCGUAGAACAGGCAGCGUCGGCCCAGCAGCAAGGCACGUUUACUAUGCCGCCUGGGCAGACAAAGGAAACAGUUGGUGAAUCACUGGGACUCGCAAUUGAACAUGCCAUGUAUAAACAUCUCAGUGGGGGAACGGGAGAACCUAGUGAAGCCUAUAAGCAACAGAUGCGGACCAUCCUAUUCAAUGUAAGGAAGAAUACUUCGUUACGUGAUAGUCUGCUUGUAGGAAGUAUUUCUCCAGACGCGCUCUCCACAAUGAGCACUCAUGACAUGGCUAGCAAGGAGCUGCGGCAAAAGGAUGAUGAAAUCAAACGAGAGGCUGAGCGACAACACAUUAUUGUCCAAGAACAAGGCCCCCGUAUCAGACGUACACAUAAGGGAGAGGAGUUGAUCGAAGACGAUACUCAGCUUGGUGCGACAGAAUCUAUCUUCUCUGCUGCUCCAGCUCGUCGCGACACCUACGACGGCGAACCUCAUUCCGCAACGAGCUCCAUUGGAGCUCGACCAGCCAGCCCAGGUGUUGUACAACAACCUGAAUUCAGGGAAUACCGUGGCUCAAUGGAUCGUACUGUGGGCCACCAGCGGCCUCACACGAUCGAUAGCUCCAUUUCGGAGCAACGGCGUGCCUCCAGCGCAACCUUUAACAUACAAGACGUCUGGUCCAAUAUCCAAUCACCGGGGUCCAUGCAUCAUGAUAAGUCGUUUGCCCACGGUACGCCAUUACAGCGAGGAGUCCCACCGACUCACAAGGUCCAACCUGAUGCAGAAAUUGAUCAAUUGCUCAAAGACGAAGACGUCGAGUCCCCGCCUUACUCGCCAAAGGAUUUCCAUGGCGAUGGCGCAAUUUGGAGCGGCAAAGUGUCCAUGAACCCUGUUGCGGAUUUUUCAGCUACUGCCAAACACGUCGCUGGAGCAGACCUUAGCGGAAAGAUCCCUUGGGGGAAAUUAAUCCCACCCACUCUGGUGAUAGAUGGCCGCAUUGAAACGCAGCUGGCAACAAAUUACCUCUGCGGUCUCCGCUUUAGCCAGACGACAGAUGUAUCCGUAACGGCAAUUUCUCCUCCGGUAGCAUCACACGAUAACGUGGAAUUUCAAAAAAUAUUCGACUAUUUCCUUCAACGCAAACGGUUUGGCGUCAUUGGCAAACACCCGUUCCCCGCCGUCAAGGAUACCUACAUCGUCCCCAUCGAAGCAGGCCACAGCAAGAAACCCGAAUUCAUCGAGUUGUUGGAAAACAAUACCCUUGAGGACCCUACCCCUGAGCGGACCCUCCUUGUUGUCUUCGUGGUCAAGACCAAUAACUACUCCAGCCCGCGAGCCACGGAACCCGCCUAUACCACUGCCAGCCCCCUGACGGCUACACCAAAAGGGCCUCUACAGCAAUCUCAAUUUAUCACCACGCAGACCACGUCAAAUAAUAUGCCAACCGUUAUUGCCAACGCAGCAGCAGCCUCAGGCCCUUGCAUCCCAAAGACGGACGGCGUCAGCGAACAAAAAUCACAACCACAACCUCACCCACAUCAAUAUAGCCCUUCAGCUCCAGCUCCAGUUUUAGCCUCUGCCUCAGCCUCUCAACCAUCACCACCUCCCCCUGCCCCUGAAAACCUCACCGGCAAAGCUGCCGCCGCCCAAGCGCUCGGACCAUUAGCAACAUCCCCAGCGGUGGAACAGCUACUGCAACAAGCGCCAAAUUCAGACAUGGCGCAACUCAACCUUAUCGCGGGUAUCCUGCACCAGAACCCCGCUGCGGCCAACGAUUAUCAAUUGCUAAUAACAAAAAUUGUCGAGAAUACAAAUGGGAAGGCUCAGUAA